AUGGGAACAUUCAGGGAUUUGAACGAACUGGUGAAUGAAUGGAUUAAAGCAAAAGGGAAGGAGGAGACUGACGGAAAGAAGAAGCUGGUGCAGGAAAUAAAAACAUGGAUUCAGGCAAUGCAUGCUGAAGUUGAUCAGAACGAUCUGGAUAUUGCAAGGGUAGGGUGCGAGAACAUUUACGAGAAUGGAAAUACGUUGAAAGAGGAAGAGAAAGAGUUGUGUGCAUUCCUUGUGGCACAUUUGUUGAAAAUGCAGGAACAAAUGAGAACUGUAUCUGGGAAUGAUCCUGUGGAUGUGAAAAUAAAGGACUAUAUUCAAUGUGUUAUGAGGCAAGUAUUGUUCAGCGCAUACAGAAGUAGUUAUUGUAGGUUCAAGGAAAUUAUGGAAAGCGUAGAAGAGGCAAUGUAUACCUUAUGCGACGGAAUUGCUCAGGGGGAAAAAUGCAAUAAAUGCAGAUAUACGACAAUUAAAAUUGAGCAUGUGAAUAAGGUAAAUAUCCACGGUCUAAUAAUUGAGAAGUUAAAUGUACAAAGGGGGAUGUUACAAAAAAUACAUAGCAUGCUCCCCAGGAGCUUGUGUAAUGGAAAUAGUGGGAGAAAGAAUAGUGUAUCACAAUUAGGUCCAUCGGGUAGUGGUCAUGGUACAAGGACAACAGAGUCAGCAACAACCACAACAGUGAGUGGACAACAAACACAUCCUCCGAACGAAGCAGGAGAUGUUGCACGUAGUGCAACAAACAGUGCAACUAGCAGAGAUCCUGCAGGUUGGGGAGACCUUUUAUUUAUUCUCAGUCCAGAACAGCCCGAAAUGAUAAUAACUCGUGCUCCAGAUAACAGAUACAAUCACAAAAUGGUGGAAGAGCACCAGGGGGAAUCAGGAAGUCGGAAGAAUUUAUAUUUGUCACUGAGGUGUAGACACUCAGAAUGGACUAAUGUCCUGUGGGGCGAAAUCAAGGAUAGGGUCAGCGACUUCUCCAGAGAAAUAUCUAAAAGCACUGCAAACGUAGACAAUGUGUGCAAUAGCAUUACGGGAGCAGAUGAAAAAACAAAGAAGGUAUGCCAAUACAUUACUGCAGGAUUAAAAUAUACUUAUGGAAUUGAAAAGGAAACAGAUAGAAGUAAGGAUAAGAACCCUGAGUAUAACUGGAAAUUGAAGACUACUACGGCUUGUAUGGUAUUGAAUGCGUACGGGGACAUAUUAAAGGAGCAGGGAAAUUUAUGUAUAACAGAAGAAACCUUGAAAAAAGCGUUUACUACUGGACAGGGGAUUAAGAACUCUGCAUGCAAAGAAUCUUCAUGUGGAGAUUGCCAGAGAGAUACGUGCGCGGAUCUUCCUAUUAAUGGAAAAAAUCUACGGAAAAAAAUUAAAGAUGAACUCCAGAAAAAUGACAAAAUACAAGAAACUCUGCGUGAUAUAAAUAACUUUUGCACACGAAUACAAUGUGUAAUAAAGAAAUGGUUCCCUAAUAGAGGUCGUACGGAAUCCGACAAGGGUGACGUCAAUACAUUGUGGAACCAUGACGUCAAAAAAUUAUUGAAUAAUCUGUCUGGUGCUAUGACCACUACAGAUACACCUGAUGAGAAAUUAUGCAAUGGCAUGGAAGAGAAAAGUAGAAAGGCAUGUGAACUCAUUCUUAAGGGUUUAAAGCAUAUAUAUAAAAUUAAAAAGGGGGAUGACCGCAGCAAUCCAAAGAAGGUUCUGGACGACCAAAUAUUCCACCGAACUAUGUCAUGCCUCCUUCUAAAUGCAUACGCAAAGAAAAUAGAAGAAAAGGCACAGGAGAGAGGCAAUUGUGAAGUAAAGAGUGGCAUACAAUAUGCCUUCCAAAAAAGUAAAGACAUUAAGGAUGGAACAACUGAGUGCAAGGAUGAUAAUAAUUGUCACGUAUGCCAGAAGGAGAGCUACGAACAGUGCGAAAUAAACCAUGAAAAGAUAAAAGACAGGGUGAAUAAAUUGCUCGAUGGGAAGAAGGACGAAAUACAAACAACACUAACUACUAUAUGUCCACCACCUGCUCCAAUCCCCAAAGCCAAAUCCCAAACAACAAGUACCAAGGAUUGUAACGGUGACAUUACAUGUUUGAAUGAAAAGGUCGGCCAAAUGUUCCAAAAGCGAUGGAGUGCAACAAAGGAGCAAGUGUAUAGUUUAUUCGAUGAAUUUUCUAGUGAAGUUGACGAAAAUGAUAAGAAAAGUAGUUUUGGGACUGUGUGUGAUGAAAUUGCAGAACGUUCUACUACACAGGGGAAGAACUUUCCCAGAUGCUUUUGUAAGAUUCUUAUAAAAAAUUUAGUGAAAGUAACAAACAACAAGAGCACAUACACCUACAACGGCAAUACGUGGAAUGUGAGUGAUAUUAAUAUUAAGGCACGAUGUGAUCUAUUAAACUUAUGGUUAUUAUUAUAUGGGCCAAAGUAUAAGGUAACGGAGGACAAUAUUAAAUAUGCGUUUCGUGCAAUAUCUAAUUUGAAACAACUGUAUGGGCAAAAUGAAUAUGAGGAAUGUAUACAUAAAGGGAAUUUUUCAGUGAACGAAGCGGAUGAUGGUGCUCGUUACAAGGACAUUUAUAGUUGGUUCAUGAAUGAGCGCAUUAAAACCAAAAUGUGGAAAAUAAGUGACGGGUCUGCAUGCAGUACAAGGAGCAGGGCGCAAAACCACAGUACUAUACUUCCAAAGAAGGAACUGGAAGAAAUAAAUCCACAGUUGGAGACCAAAGCAGAGUCCAUUGCUAAAGAAAUAGAGAAGAAGCUUCCCAUAGUUGAAGAAAUUGACGGGGAAAUAAAUUCCACUAAAUCAGCACUUCCCACCUCCCAGUCAUCAUCCACUGGGUCCAACUGUUCCAAUAUAAAAAUUCAAGGUGUUGAGAAUGACGAGGAAGGUAUAGAGUUACUUUCCCUUCACUUUAAUCUACAUAGAAUAAACAUAAGUUACAUAGUGUGUAACGUGCUCUAUUGUAUGAGCAUUAAAAGGAACAUAUUGAAUGUAGAGGUGUAUUCGUGUCUAUAUUACCUUUGUAUUAUAUUUGUAGAGGAGUGGGAGGAAGUCUUUACAGAAUUCUUCAAUUAUGCUGUACAGGAUGGUAAAGGAUAUAAUUACGAAGAAGUAGAAGCAAUGUCUGCUUGGUGCAAAAGUGAGGAAGAUAAGGAUAUGUUCAAUAAGCCGGAACAUAAAGAUUUCUGUAAAACGCUCAUAAAAAAUAUAUUACUUGUGAAAAACAGCGGACAUGAGUGUGUGACCAAAGGUAAGACCAAUGAACAUGGUAAACCAUGUGUGAAGAAAUGUGAUCUACUAAACAUGUGGUUAAUGAUUAUGGCUGAUUAUUGUGUGCCUAUGGAAAUUGUGAAACCGAUUUUUAAGGCGGUAGAAGAAGUAAGGGGUGAUUUCUUUGGAAUAGAGGACAAUGCUGAAUGUAUGUAUGGAAAAAUAAGUAUUUUAGAUAAGACAAAUGCAAGUAGACUGCAGGAAGUUCUGGACUGGUUAAGGAGAAAGGCCAGAAAAGGGUGCUUCGGGAAUACUGACAAAUACGGUGUAUGUAAGAGGUGGAGUGAUAAUUAUGUUGCCAGGAGUAAGGGAAAAUCAGGAAGUUCCGUGAGUAAGAAACACCUGAAUGGGAAGUUAAAAGACUGGGUCGACAAAUUAGAAGAAGCUAAGGGGAAAACGGAAACAGUAUUAAAAGAAAUAAGGGAAGCUGCUGCGAAACCACCUACCACCGGGGAACAACCUGCUUCUGGUGCCAAAGACACAGCCGGGUCCACAAAACCAGCAACUGAGAAUACUACUCCGGACAUUACUAAACGUACUAAUAGUGGAUCAGAAACACAAACUUCUGAUCAACUAUCUAAAACAGAUAAGGAUAAACAAGGUGAGUGCGAAGCAAGCUCUAAGAGCAUUAGUGCUCAGCAUGAUUUUGGAGCUGUUAGCUUAAGUGCAGGGUGCAUUUCCAGGAAAGAACUGGGUGAAUCUGAUCUUUCACAAUUCCCGGAGGCUGUAUUUAUUGAUCCGAGCGCGAUCCCUCCUGGUGUAGUAGUUCCUGAAGAUGACUCUAAGGAUACAGAAAAGAAAGGAGUUCAGGAUAUUGACGGAGCAGAAAUACAAGGAACUGGUGAUCAGAAACCUGAUUCAGGUGACAAAUCCCCUCUUCCGGCCGCAGACGGCGGUAACGUCGGUGUGAAUCAGAGCGGUAGUAAGGAUGUUAUAGGUGGGGAAGUUGGUAACAGCUUAUCGAGUCCUGAUAAUAGUGUUCCCGGCCAACCUGCCGUUGUUCCUGCUUCUUCACAGAGUCCCCUUGAAGAGCAACCUCCCCAAAAAGCUGAUGCUGAAAUUCAUAAUCCCAGUGCACCUGUGGUUCCAGGUGUUGCUCCGGGGGUUGGUACAGCAGGAAGUGUUACUAUUCAGACUCCAACUGUAUCAAGAACUCGAGCAAAAAUUAAAACUGUUCCAAAAACACCAAAGGUUCUCCCACUUAUUAACAGGAUUGACCACCCCUUCCUUCCUUACCUUCCUACCAUUCCUGUCCUAAUUGGUACUUCUGUUAUAAGUUAUCUCCUUUGGAAGUAUUUUGCGGUAUCUGGCAAAAGAAAACGUUACAAAAGAGCUCAUCAAGUACGUGGUCCUUCGUCCUUAGGAGAACAACUCCUUGAUCGCGUGGACGACCAGGAUGAUGGUCCACAUGAAUAUACCUUAGUAAAGGAACGAAAACCUAGACGUCCGCCAAGAAGAUCAUCCGGAAAAAAAGCAGUUAGCCGCCGCAUGAUUAUUGAUAUUCAUUUAGAAGUCUUAGAUGAAUGUCAAAAAGGGGUCCUGCAUUCGACGAAGGAAGAUUAUUUCACCAUUCUUGUUGAAGAAUUUAUGGGAAGGAAUUUUGUAAAAGGAGAAAAUGUUCUUAAGGAAGGUGUUCCUAAGGAACAGAUUCCAAGUACAGAUUCCAGGUUUAGUGAAGAAGACUUUUUUCCUAGGGAAGAAGUUUCUAAGGAACAACUUCCUAUGGUUGAUGUUCCUAAGGAACAGGUUGCAAGUUCAGAUUCCGGGUUUUAG